CGGGGAUCCGGGCCUCAACAACCAGAAGACGCCGACGACGCUGCUUCUGACUCCGGACGAGAAGUUCCACUCGGCGUGCGCAGGACCGAUGAACGGGUACACAGGCGCGUUGGCAGAGCGGCCAACGGGCGCAAGCCUGCGAGCCCCGCUGCCGUGUUUCGCACGCACGCACGCUGCGCCACCUCAAAGAAGCAGGUGCUGCGCGAGCUGAUCGGACCCAGGCCGGAGUGCGACCUGCGCCCGGCCCGACCACAUCCGCUGGGUGGCGGGCAUUUGCGACCCGGCCCGUCCGGAGGGGCUGCUGAUCGCGCUGGAGCCCGAAGCGGCGUCCAUCUGCUGCCGGAAGCUGCGCCUCAACCAGCUGGGAUGCGCUACAUGGUGGUGGACUGCGGGGGCGGCACCGUCGACAUCACCGUGCACGAGCUGAGCGAGCGCAGCGGCACGCUGCGCGAGCUGCACAAGGCCACGGGCGGGCCCUGGGGCUCCAUGGGGGUGGACGCAGAGUUCGAGCGCCUGCUGGGCGACGUCUUCGGGGAGGAGCUGGUGGCGCAGUUCAAGGCGAAGCGGCCGGCCUCGUACACGGAGCUGAUGGUGAGCUGGGAGGCGCGCAAACGGAGCGCCAGCCCGCACCGCGACUCGCCGCUCAGCGUCUUCCCGCCCUUCUCCUUCAUCGACUUCUUCCGCAAGACCAAGGGCAAGGAGAUCGAGCAAGCAGUCCGGAAAUAUGGCCGAAAGGAAGUGACGUGGUCAUCGCAGGGUGCAUUGCGGCUGCAACCGAGUGUCAUGCGGGAACUCUUCCAACCCACCAUUCACAAGAUUCUGAGGUACAUUCAGGAUGUUCUCGACAGCCCGCGAGUACACGGCAUCCAGUACUUGUUCCUAGUCGGAGGUUUUGCAGAAUCGCAGUUAUUGCAACACGAAGUGCGAACAGCCUUUAGCACUCGAGUAAGGGUAGUGAUCCCACAGGGGGUCGCGCUGACGACGCUGCGCGGCGCGGUGCUGUUCGGCCUGGAGCCCGGCGUGGUGACGGUGCGCCGCUCCAAGCACACCUACGGCGUGGGCGUGCUGAAGCGCUUCCAGCCCGGCGUGCACCCGGAAGAAAAACUGGUAGAACGCGACGGCGUGCAGUGGUGUGCCGACGUGCUGGACAAGUUCGUCUCGGCGGAGCAGUCUGUGGCGCUCGGGGAAGCCGUGGUCCGGCGCUACACGCCAGCGCUGCCUGCCCAGUCCUCCAUCCUCAUCAACAUCUACUGCGCAGACUCGGACGAGGCUCAGAAGAUAUUUUUUAAAGCAAAUCAAUUUUACAAUAGAAAAUGUUGCCAAAGAAAUCUAAAAAGUAUUCGAAAUAUACGGAAAAUCUCUUUUUGUCAAAAUUACUCAACAGAUGGAGCUCCUAAAACAUAAAGCAACGGCCACCGAGACCAUUCACGGAAGAGUCCAGGACCAUGGCCAUGGCUAAGGCAACUGUUGUAGGCGCGUACUCAUUGGUAGGCGCCGUGAGCAUAAGAGUUGCACGCUACUUGCAUGCUUCAGAUUGUUGUGCCAUCCGUGCCAUCGGAACGGCAAGUGUGAGGUGCGUCUCAAGGUGUGCUCUCUGGUGUCAGGUUAAAACGCACUCUUGUAAAAACUUGUGUUCUCAUCAUCUGUCGCAUUCUUCAGUCGAAAUGGGUUCGGUUGAUGCAGCGAAAAAAGCGGCAGCUGUUAAGGCAGUCGACGAAUAUGUGAAAAAUAAUUUUGUUCUGGGUAUUGGAAGUGGUUCCACAAUUGUGUACGCAGUUGAAAGGUUAGCGGAAAGAGUCAAGUUGGAAAACCUGAGUGUUGUUUGUGUACCAACCUCUUUUCAAGCUAGACAGUUGAUAAUACAACAUAAUUUGAUACUAAGUGACUUGGAGCGCAACCCAAAGCUUGAUUGUGCCAUUGAUGGGGCUGAUGAAGUAGAUGCUAAAUUGACUCUUAUCAAAGGAGGAGGAGGAUGUUUAACACAGGAAAAAAUUGUUGCUUCUUGUGCUAAGCAGUUAAUAAUAGUAUGUGAUUUCAUGAAAGACUCAAAGGCAUUAGGAGAAAAGUAUAAAAAAGGUGUUCCUAUAGAAGUAAUUCCAAUGGCAUUUGUUCCUGUCCAGAGAAAAAUUGAAGAAGAUUUGGGAGGGAAAGCAGAGCUGAGAAUGGCUAAACAAAAGGCUGGUCCAGUUGUCACAGACAAUGGUAAUUUCAUAUUAGAUUGGAUAUUUCCUGAAAAGUCAUAUGACUGGGAGUCUACAAACACUAAAAUAAAAAUGAUACCAGGAGUGGUUGAAACAGGAUUAUUUGUAAAUAUGACUCACAAAGUGUUCUAUGGAAUGGCAGAUGGUUCUGUUAAAGAGAAAUCAGUCUAGAGAAUGAGAAAUUAUGGUAGUUUUGAAUCUAUCUCUAUAUUUUUGUACAAGUUUUUUUGCCAAUAUUUCUCGAUACUACUUAAAAGUACAAUCCUCUGUGAUGACUAUUAAUUCCUUUUUUGCUGUUUUACAAUAAUUAUUAUUAGUUUUUUUAUACUGAUUUAUAAAUGAAAUUUUCUUCUCCUGCAUUAUCAAAAUUAUUUUAUUUCUAAUAUAUUGAGAACCCUUUUCCUCUACUUUGUUGAAAACUUAAUUUGAUGUUUUAAGAUUAUGCUUAAGAUUUCCCAAGAGAAGUAAAUGUUGAAAUAAAGAAAGACUGACUUAUAUAUUGAAUUUUUAAUUAUGAUUGUAUUACUAAAUAAUGAAAAGAUAUAUCAAAAUAUAUUGGGACAAGGUAAAAGAAAUGCCUAUUACAUCUUUCUUUGCAUGUUUCAAGAAUGAACUAAUUUGUGAAGUGCAGUUGUGAUAAGUUGCACCAUUACAUUACUUUAUAAACUAAAGAUUAUUAGGUAGAUAGAUUUGUUUAUCAAACAUCAAAUUUUUUAAGAUCAAAAUUGCUUGUGAAUUUUUAUUCUGUAGAAGGUAUUGAAAGUGCAUUUGAAAUAGCAAAUACAAAAGAAUUGUAGUAGCAAAAUCAAUGUGUAACUUCUCAAAGCACAAAUGGUAUUCAUUAAGAUCAUUAUAGAAAUGGAUUAAAGAUGGAGAGAAUUUUUAUCUUUAAAAAUAUAUCAUAAAAUGAAAAGAUCUAUUAUCUGAAUAUGAAAGUGGAAAAUGAAAGUAUCAUUAUCUGACAGCUUUCUGACAAAGGAUCCUUCGUACGCCUUCCUUCAGAGGGGAAGUAAAGCCGGCUGUCCUGUUUAGUAGAUUUACUCGCAUGUAAAAGAUCCUGAAGCCUAAAUGACGCCUCUGAGCUAAAUUCUAAUCUCCUCUUUCUCGCCCAAGAAAUAC